GAAGAAAGAUGGCGGCUCUAUAGGAGAACCGAGGGCUCACAUUCUCAGCUUCAUACACCCGUAAACAAACCCUCCAACCCGGGGAGUGAAAACAACACCGUCCGAACCCCACAGGGACUCAUCUGCAGUGGAACUAAUUGGAGGCAAAAACCCCUGCAAAAAUAGGAGUAAUUAUUCCACCAUGAGAGGGAAAAGAGGCAGGCCGCCCAAACCUCUCCAAGCGGAGGAUUCUUCCCCGGCUGCAACGCGAGGUUUGCGGCCGCGGAGGAACAUAAAGCCCCGGGUGCGAAGUGACGACCACAGCGGGGAUGAGGAGGCAGUAAGCCCCGCAAGAGAGAGCCCUAAGCGGCGGAGAGGAGGAGGCAGGUUGGGGGGGUCGGGGACGACAACACGGGGCCGGGGAAGAGGGGGCAGAAGUCGGGGACGAGGAGGGAGGCGAACCCCGGUCUGCAAAACCGUGGUGUACGACGACCAUGAAAGUGAUGAAGACGACGAUGCUGUGAGUCUGAGAUCCGAGGAGGAGGAGGUGGAGGAGCCCCAGUCUGAGGAAGAUGAGGCCCUGAAAGAGGAGUCUGACUGCCUGGAGGAAGAGGAGGAAGAGGAGGAGGAUGGUGGAAGUUUGUGCACGGAGAGUAGCUUCAGGAGUCAGAGCACACAUGCAAGCACUCCGGGGAAGAGAAAAGGCCGGCCUCGACCUCGCAGCCCUAUCCUGGAGGAGAAGGAGAUUCCUGCUCUCAAACUCCCCGACUCCUCCGAGGAUCUCCUGGUUCCCAGCGCCGAACUCCUCAACGCCGCCUCCAUCUACGAGGUGCUACGUAACUUCAGCACGGUGUUGCGUCUCUCCCCGUUUCGCUUCGAGGACUUCUGUGCGGCGCUGGUGGGUCAGGAGCAGUGCACUUUAAUCGCAGAGACACAUAUUGCCCUCUUGAAGGUCAUCCUACGUGAAGAAGACACCUCCAACACCACGUUUGCCCCCGCCGACCUCAAAGACAGCGUCAACUCCACUCUGUAUUUUAUUGACGGCAUGACGUGGCCGGAGGUUUUGCGCGCGUACUGCGAGAGCGACCGGGAGUACCAUCACGUUCUGCCCUAUCAGGAAGUGGAUGAGUAUCCUUAUGGUCCUCUUGAGAGUAAAAUCAAGGUGUUGCAGUUCUUAGUGGAUCAGUUUCUGACCACCAACAUCGCCCGCGACGAGCUGAUGUCCGACGGCACCAUGCUGUACGACGAUCACUGCCGAGUGUGUCACCGUCUGGGGGAUCUGCUGUGCUGUGAGACGUGCUCAGCGGUGUAUCACCUGGAGUGUGUGAAACCCCCGCUGGUGGAGGUACCGGAGGACGAGUGGCAGUGCGAGAUCUGCGUCGCUCAUAAAGUGCCGGGGGUCACCGACAGCGUGACGGAGGCGCAGAAGAACCGGCCGUAUAUCAGACAGGAGCCCAUCGGAUAUGACCGCCACCAGAGGAAGUACUGGUUCCUGAACAGGAGGAUUAUUGUCGAGGAGGACGGGGAGCAGGAGAAGAAGGAGAAGGAGAAGAAGGAGAAGAAGCAGAUCUGGUACUACAGCAGCGUGAGGCAGCUGGAGGAUCUGAUGCAGGCUCUGGACCGUCAGUACUGGGAGGCCGAGCUCCACGCCGUGCUGGAGGAGAUGAAGCAGGAGGUCCACGCUCACAUGGACAUCACCGAGGAACUCACCAACAAAGCCCGGGGAAACAACAAAGCCUACCUCACCGCUGUCAACGACGUGGUCACGGAGCGUCUGAAGAUCAAGCGGGAGGCUCAGGAGGCGAGGAGGCGAGCAGAGGAAGCAGAAAGAGGAUCCUUAAAGGCGACGGAGGAGACAUCUGACGUCUCCUCGCAUCUCAACAGAGAGGAAAAAGACUCUGCAGAGGAGAGCAACGUCUCCGAAGCUAAACCUGGAGCCGAGGAGUCCCUUCAAACCAACAAGGAAACACAGUCUGCUAACACCACGAGUCGAGAGGACGGGGAAGCCUCUUCACUGGAAGCACAGGAGAGAACAGGUGAAGAUGCUAAAUCUGAGUCUAUCAAAGAGGACAAGCCCCCCGGUGAAGAGCAUGUUUCCAGCCUCAGGAAACCGGAGCAGCCGGACCUCAACGACCGCACCUCCAGGUCCUCGUUCACCAGCCAGGACGGGACAGACGAGUACAACGGGAAGGUCACCAGCAGCGUACGGAAACCAGCAGGAGAGCAAACCAACCACCAGAGAGGCAGCAAAGAGUCGUCUCCGGUUCGUUUUGACGGUGACUCCUCGCGCCUCAGCUUCUUAAAAAGGGAUCUGUCAGUGAACAUAAACAACCUGUUCAAGCUGGGUCAGGAGGGGAAGUACCGCGUGUACCACAACCAGUUCAGCACCAACGUCCUGGCUCUGAACAAGCACCAGCACCGCGAGGACCACGACAAGAGGCGCCACCUGUCGCACAAGUUCAGCCUCACCAUGGCCGCCGAGUUCAAGUGGAACGGAUCCAUCUUCGGGUCCCGCAGCCUCACCGUGUCCACGCUGCGCCUCACCAUCAUCCAGCUGGAGAGCAGCGUGCCCGGACCCUUCAUGCACCCCAACUGGGCCUCACACAGGAGCAACUGGAACAAAGCAGUGCAGAUGUGCAGCAAGGCCAGGGAGUUCGCUUUGGCUUUGGCUAUUCUGGAGUGUGCCAUCAAACCAGUGGUGAUGCUGCCUGUAUGGAAAGACUCUCUCGGACACACCAGGCUGCAUCGCAUGACCUCCAUGGAGAGGGAGGAUAAGGAGAAGGGGAAGAAGCGAGAGAAGAAGCUGGAGGACGAGGAGACGCUGCAGCAGGCCACCUGGGUGAAGUACAGCAUCCCCAUCAAGCACCAGGUGUGGAAGCAGAAGGGUGAGGAGUACAGAGUGACGGGGUGGGGUGGGUGGAGUUGGGUCAGUAAGACUCACGUGCCGAGGUUCGUCCCAAAGCUGCCCGGCAACACAAACGUCAACUACCGCAAAGACCUGGAGGCUAAAAUGAAGAAGGAAAAUGCAGCAGCUUGCACUAAUAAGCAGAAAAAGACGACUGAAACCGAGAAGGAGACGACUGCAAACACAUCGGAGGGGGUCAGUGAAUCCAUCGCUGCGUCAUCAGAGGACAACGCCACGCCUCAGGUCUCCAGAGAGGAGGACACACCUGCAGAGGAGGAAGGGUCAAAGACUGAAGGAGAGAAGAAGAGAGAAGAGGAGAAAAUGGAGGUCGACCCCCGCCCAGAAACUGCUGCUUCAACGGUGGAGAAAGAUGAAGCUGAAAACAAAGACCCUUCCUCGCCUUCUCUUCAGCCUCCGAUGGAAGAACCAAUCCAGAGAGUUGAACCCAAGAAGGAAGACGCGGCCACCUCGAAGCUCUUCGCCGACGUUGUGAACGUCAGCGAGGGCUUCCAGCUGAGGACGGCUUACAAGAAGAAGGUGAAGCCCUCCAAACUGGACGGUCUUCUGGAGCGUCGGGUCAAACAGUUCACUCUGGAGGAGAAGCAGAGACUGGAGAGAAUGAGACAAGCGGCACUUCUGGCAAAAAUAGCCGCCAUGAAGCCUGGAGUUAAAACGGAGAGCAAACAGCCGCCGGCCGUCACCCCGUGUGUCAAAAAAGAGCAAGCAGAAGGCGUUCCUGUGAAAGACAACGUGGUGAAGAAGCUCGACUUUGAACAGGAGCAGAUCAAACCAGACGUCGAUGUCAAAUCUGACGCUGAAGCACCCAAACAGAUGGAGGUGAAUGAUCUGCACAAAGAAGUGAACGGAGAAACGCCGUCAACCACCGAGUCUAGCGGUAAAAACAACUGUUUAUCGGACGCUAUGGAGAAAAAGACGGAAGUGGCUCGAGCGGGAAAACGUGUGUUUGAGGAAAUGGAGAAAGCUGGUGAACAGAGCAUGGAGGUAGAGGACAGUAAGAAGACUGAAGUGCAGGUUAACGGGAAAACUGAGGGUGGCGUUCCUGUAGAAAUGACCUCAGAACCAGCUCAAGGUGACAUCAAAGAGCCCGUGAAGUCUCUAAUGAACGGGAACCUCUCGCAGAAAAGCGACGUGUCCGACGCGAGUCACCAACCUCCUCUGAAAGUCCCGAAACUGGAGAACCACGUGGCGGAGAAAGGAGACUCUUUGGCGUUGGAUAGUGAGCCUGCUAAGCUAACAUCAUCAACCCCUGCUCUCGUGAAUAAUACAAGUACUGAAGGUUUGAAGAGCGCCACAACAGAAGCUCUAAACGCCCCGAAAACAGACUUGUCUCAAACAGGAAGUGGCGUCGUCUCCUCAGUUUCCUCCAGAGCCGUCGUCCCGCAGAAAACCAAACUUCAAGACACAAAGACGUCCACUUCCAGCUCCAUGACGAUCAGUAAAGAAUACUCUACGAAAGACCGGGUCAGCCUCCUGCGGUUCUACAAAUCCAGGAAGGCGCGUUCGGGUACCGCGCUGCCGUCAUACAGGAAGUUCGUCACCAAGAGCAGCAAGAAGAGCAUCUUUAUUCUGCCCAACGACGACCUGAAGAGGAUGGCGAGGAGAGCGGGCAUCAGAGAGGUUCCCAUCUUCAACUACAACGCUAAACCAGCCCUGGAUAUCUGGCCGUACCCCUCGCCUCGGCCCACUUUUGGGAUCACGUGGAGGUACCGUCUGCAGACCGUGCGCUCUCUGGCCGGCGUCAGUCUGAUGCUCCGGCUGCUCUGGAGCUGCCUGCGCUGGGACGACAUGUCCGUGAAGCCGUCUGCAGCCGUAGGGACCACACGCAAAGAGACCUCGGAGACGGACAUCACCACCACAGAGAUCAUAAAGCGCAGAGACGUGGGUCCGUACGGGAUCCGAUCAGAGUACUGCAUCCGGAAGAUCAUCUGCCCGCUGGGAAACAGAGACGCCCCCAAAGAAACCCCGACUCCCCAGAGGAAGGGUCUUCGGUCCAGCGCUUUGAGACCCAAGAAACACGAACCUCUGAAGCCCACUGGUCCUGUGGCUGUGGAGACGUGGGUCCCUGAAGAGGAGAUGGAGCUGUGGGAGAUCAGGGCCUUCGCUGAGAGGCUGGAGAGGGAGAAGACUCAGGGCGUCGACUCCUCUAAGAGCAGCACUCUGAAGACAGCCGAGGAGGUCAAAGCUCAUCUGGAGAACCAGCUGAAACAAGCCAGACUGGCUGCACAGCAGAAACGUCUGGAACCACUGAGACCGGGACCCCCUGCCACGCCUCCCUCCUCUUCCUCUCCCUCUCCCUCCCCCUCUCCCUCCUCCACCACACACAGACCGGGUCAGGUGACCUCGGGGGCUAAGAUGGUUCUGGCCAACAAACUGGGUUCUCCGGUGUCCUUCCAGCAGGACAAGAACUUCCACCAGUCCUUCGCCUCCUGGGUGAAGCAGGGCCAGAACAACGGCAGCCCAGGUGUCGUGCAGCAGAAGGCCCUGGGCAUCUUCCCCUCUGGACCCCCUGCUAACUUGAGGACUUAUAGCACAUUACAUCCAACGACUGGAAACAUGAACAUCAGAGCCUCCAACUCCACAACAACCACCCCGCAGCAGACAGUCACAACAGUAGGUCAAAUCCAAUCCGGCACCACACCUUCACCAGCUACGGCUGCGGGCGCAGCGAUGCUCAGGAGUCCAGCGUUGGCUCAGCAAGGCCAGCCUCAGCAGACUGGCUCCGCCCCCCUGCAGACCCCUCAGAGAGCAGCAGGUCCGGCCCCCCCAACCCCCGGACAGACGCCUGCCCCCCCCCAGCCCAGCAGACCCCAGCAGGGUCAGGUUAAACUCACCAUGGCUCAACUCUUGCAGCUCACACAGGGCGCUCAGGGGGGGAACCCUGGUCUGACGGUGGUGAUCCAGGGUCAGGGGCAGACCCAGGGGCAGUUACAGAUCCUCCCCCAGGGGGUGACGGUGGUCCCCAGCCCCGGGCAGCAGCUCAUGCAGGCGGCCAUGCCCAACGGCCAGGUGCAGCGGUUCCUCUUCACCCCCGUCCCCCCAUCAUCCUCACCCACUACCACCCCUCAAAUGCCGCCUCAAAGCCAAACCACCCCCUCGUCCCUGACACAAACAAAAAUGGUCGCCCCUCUUCCUGUCCCGACACAAAUGCCGAGUUUGGCUCCCAUGCAGAACAAAAUGGCGUCUCAGAUAUCCUCACCCACUUCCCUCCCCCACCCUAUUCCCUCCCCAGCAAUGACUCAAAUCUCCACCCUCUCUUCGGGGGUUUUCCCUGCACAAACUGCAGUUUCGCUCCCUGUCCCGGGACAAGUUGCACCCCACAUCCAGACACAUGUGUUAAGCCCCGCCCCUUCUUUAGCCCCGACUUUAAUCAAAACCUCCCCCCAAAUGGCUGUAUCUACAAACUCGCUUCAGAUCCCAGCGUCCGCCUCUCUUCCCUCUCCGGUCAGAGUCCCGACCCCAGCUCUCGCCCCCAUUUCCUCCCCAGUUUUAGGUGUUGUUUCCACACAGAUUUUAGCCCCCUCCCCAGGGGGUCUGACUCAGAUCCAGAUCCCCCUUCAUGUUCCUCUUCAUGCUGCUGUGGUCACCCCCGUCACCGCCACCGCUACAACACCCUCAGUGCCAGCUCUGGCGGAUCUUAGGACGGCUCAGCACCAGGUCUGGACCCCGACCUUGUCUCAGACCCUGGUCCAUCAGCCUCAGAACCUCCCCGCCCCCGCCCUGUCUCAGCCCCCUCCCCCAGGACUCCCUGCUGUGGUCUCAGUGCAGCAGCUCUCUCAGAUCCCAGUCUCUCAGAUCCCCCUCUCAGCGGUUCAGGUCCACAUGGGCCUCCCUGCUGUCAGACCCUCACAGCCUCAGAUCCAGACUCCUCUCUCCCCCCAGCGCCAGAACCAGAUCCAGAUCCAGACUCCUCUCUCCCCCCAGCGCCAGAACCAGAUCCAGAACCAGAUCAGGGCCCAGAUCCAGGUCCAACCGUUCGCCCAAGUGCAACACAUUCAGGCCCAAGCACAAGCCCAGAACCACAGCCAGGUCCGGGUUCAGUUCACGCCUCAAACGCAGACGCAGAACCUCCAGCCUCAGGUCCAGUUUCAGCCCCAGGUCCAGACCCGGGUCCAGCCUCAGUACCACCCGCAGAUACAGGCUUCGUUUCAACCCCAGGCUCAACAGCAGCAGGUCCAAACUCAGGCCCAGAACCAGCUCCAUCCCCAGGUUCAGAUCCAGUUCCAGCAACAGAGCCAGGUUCAGCAGCAACCCCAGGUCCAAACUCAAAUCCAAACCCAGUUCCAAGUCCAGCAGCAGCAGCAGCAACCACAGGUCCAAACUCAAAUCCAAACCCAGUUCCAAGUCCAGCAGCAGCAGCAACCCCAGGUCCAAACUCAAAUCCAAACCCAGUUCCAAGUCCAGUCCCCGCAGCAGAACCAGGUCCAGCAGCAGCAGAUUCAGAUCCAAGCCCAACCUCAAGUCCAAGCAAAGCUCCAGGUCCAGUUCCAGCCUCAGAACCAGACCCAGGUCCAGUUCCAGCCUCAGAACCAGACCCAGGUGCAAGUCCAGUCCCCCCUCAGGCACCAGCUGAUCACAGUACCGGGCCUCCAGCAGCCGGUGCAGCUCCUCUCCGCUCUUCCCCCCCACGUGGCGGCUCAGAUCCAGGCCCAGAUCCAGAUCCAGGCCCAGCAGCAGGGUGGAGCGGUACCGCAGCAGAUCAAACUGCAGCUGCCCAUCCAGAUCCAGCAGCAGCAGACCCAGAACCACCAGAUUCAGAACCUACAGAUCCAGCAGCAGCCGACCCAGAACCACCAGAUUCAGAACCACCAGAUCCAGAACCACCAGAUCCAGAACUUGGUGACCAUCCAGGCGCCGGCGAGCGUCCAGGAGCUGCAGAGGAUCCCACAUAAACCAAAGAAGAAGAAACAGCAGGAGGGGAAGCAGAAGGACCAGAACCAGAACCUGCAGGCUGUGAGCCCGGCGGGGGAGGGGGUCCAGAAACAGGCGGCGGUGGUGGUGAAGCAGAGUUCCUCGGCCGAGCAGCUGAAGCAGAAGAAAAGCCUCGCUGCCGCCGAAAGAGAGGAGAACCAGAGGAUGAUCGUGUGCAACCAGGUGAUGAAGUUCAUUCUGGACAAGAUGGAGAAGGACGAGAAGCAGGCGGCCAAGAAGAGGAAGAAGGAGGAGGUGGUGGAGCAGAAACGCUCCAAACAGAACGCCUCCAAGCUGACGGCGCUGCUGUACAAACACAAAGAGCAGCUGAAGGCGGAGAUCCUGAAGAAGAGAGCGCUGCUGGACAAAGAGCUGCAGCUGCAAGUCCAGGAGGAGCUGAGGCGGGACAUCGCUCGGCUGCAGAAGGAGAAGGAGAAGGCGAGAGCGGCCAUCACUCAGGCGGCUGCAGCCACAGUGAAGGCCGCCGCCGCCUCACACUCCUCCUCACACACUUCCUCCUCACACACUCCCUCACACACCUCCUCACACUCCACUCAUCACUCCUCACAUUCCUCCCACAGCGCACACCCCUCCCCCACCUCCUCCUCCUCUUCCUCACACAAACGUAAACGAGAGGAAGAGCGGGACAAAGACAGGAACCGGAUCAGAGACCGGCAUCACGACAAGGAGAAGAAACGGGAGCGGGACAAAGAGCGGGAGAAAGAGCGGGAAAAAGAUCGGGAGAAAGAGCGGGAGAAAGAGCGGGAGAAAGAGCGAGAUAAAGAGCGGGAGAAAGAGCGAGAGAAAGAUCGGGAACUCUGUAGAGAGAAAGAUAAAGACAGAGAAGGGGAGAUGGAGAAGGAGAGGGACAGACACCGGGACAAAGAGAAGGACAAAGAUCAGGACAGAGACAAAGACAGAGACAAACACAAGAAGAAGAAGAAGCCCUCGUCUUCCUCCAAGGAUCACAAGAAGGAGCCCAAACUGUACUGCGUGUGCAAGACGGCGUACGACGAGUCCAAGUUCUACAUCGGCUGCGACCUCUGCUCCAACUGGUUCCACGGAGCCUGUGUGGGCAUCACGGAGAAAGAAGCCAAGAAGCUGGAGGACUUUGUUUGUGACGCCUGUAAACGAGGUCAGGAGGGAGAGAGCACCGAGGAGGAGCUGUUCUGCAUCUGCAGGACUCCCUACGACGAAUCACAGUUCUACAUCGGGUGCGACCGCUGUCAGAACUGGUACCACGGGCGCUGCGUGGGGAUCCUUCAGAGCGAGGCCACGCACAUCGAUCUGUACGUGUGUCCGCAGUGCCAGUCCACCGAGGACGCCAUGACGGUCCUCACGCCGCUCACCGACAAGGACUACGAGGGGCUGAAGAGAAUACUGCGCUCCUUACAGUCUCAUAAAAUGGCGUGGCCUUUCCUGGAGCCGGUGGAUCCUCACGACGCUCCGGAUUAUUAUCGCGUCAUCAAGGAGCCCAUGGACUUCUCCACGAUGGAGACGCGUCUGCAGAAGCGACAUUACCAGAAGCUCACGGAGAUCGUGGCGGACGUGACCAAAAUCUUCGAUAACUGUCGCUACUACAACCCCAACGACACGCCCUUCUUCCAGUGUGCCGAGGUGCUGGAGGCCUUCUUCGUUCAGAAGCUCAAAGGCUUCAAAGCCAGCAGAUUGUCAGAUUCUUAAAGUAGCUGCAGUCUGGACUGGAUGCUGGCCUCUCUAUAUAUAAAAACAAUAACUUAAGAAGGAAAUCACACACACACAAACACACCAAUGUGCUUUCAUGUAAACGCCGGCAAUUUCACAUUUUUGGUAAUAUAAUAAUCAGUUUAAUCAGAAAAUGCAAUCAAGGGACCCUUUCUUCUCAUUAUUUCCUCCAAUCUGGCCUUUUUUUCAACAAUAACUCACGUCUUAAUCAGGAUUUUAAAUGCAUUUAUUGUAUUUAUUUUCUGAGCUUCAAUAGAUUAUGUGUCCACCUUACGGGAUAUAAAACAAAAACCAUAUGUAAAGCUGCGUAUUUUAUUAUAUAGAGAUAUUUAUGAGAAGUUUUGUAUGUUACAUCCCCUUUGAGUUUGAUUGAGCUGGUUGUUAAGAUCUUGAAUGUACAUACUUUUUUAUCAUGUACAGCGGUUGUAUGUUUGAAUGUUUUAAAUAAUUAUGAAACCAAUCAUUUUUAGAUAGUAUUAUUUUAAGAAAAUGUACUACAAAGCGCUUCACAACCUCAGUUUGGAAGAUUUCCUCCCUAAAUAAAGGCAUUCCCAGAUGUUUCCUCCUGCAGGAUUCUCCGCUUUUGCAUCCUCGUUGUUGUGUAUGUCGCAGAAAUAAAUAUAAAAAUCACGAAGGGCUCUCAACUCUCCCCUCUCUCCACAUCCUGUAGGUCUCAUAACAACAAGCUACAGUGUUCCACGGUCUCUUAGAAAAAAGCAGCGCACAUUUCUCAAACAACAAAACAAAUGCACUUGCCAAGAAAACUGCUAUUUUUCUGAACUGUGUGACGGAUUCUCGUGCUGCGUUCAGGGUCUGCGUUGACGCUCUGAAAGGGACCUUUUUUUUGGACCUGUGUUCAUCGGUGGGACUGAACUGAGGAGCGUUCAGAAGACGGUUUACCUCGGAGAAAAGACUCUUUAAGGAGCUCUCAUAUUUCCAUGUUUAUUUUUUUUUUGGGAUCUCAGUCUUUUCAUUCUUUGUCUUUCUUGUUUAACAAAAAGGCCAUCCGACAUUUCCAACGAGAAAUUUGAAUAUUGACGAACAAUAGCUGAGUUUUACUGAGCAUCAAGUGUCUAAAUUAGCCUUUUUUCCACUUUUUGUUUAGAAAGACGGUUGGAAAGCAGUAGGUUUAACGUCUUCGACCUACUGAUCGAACAGUAAUAAGCUAUUGUAAAUGGAUCGACUGACUCAGAAGGACGACUUGAUAAAUCUGAAGGUUUCUGCCCUGUUUGUAAAAAAAAAUAAUGAUUAUAAUUGUCCAAUUUUCACCUGAUUUCUUUUUCUUUUUUUGUAUUACAUCUGGAGAAAUAUUGAUGUAUAUGGAACUUAAUAAAAUAUAAAAGACUGA